AUUUCACGUGGCCAGUUUACCUGAAAAUAAAUGUAUUAUUAUAAAAAUGUCCCUAAAUUGUUGUAACAAGCAAGCCACAAUAUGGGGAAAAGGCCAAAAUAUCCAUGUGUAGAUGACUUUCUCUUGGUACACGGAACCAGAUAGCUAGCGUUGUUGCUUACAAGCUAAGCAGCUCUGCUCAGCUGAAAAGUUGAGGGUGAAGCUUGUGGUUGCCUAGAGACGGCGCUCAAAUCUCCAUUCCCCCCCAAAACAUAUACAGCUAGCGUUUCCUUUCUAGCAAGCUGGCUAAGCGGUCUUGGAUGUUCGUUUUUGAAGAUUUAGCUCAUUUUUGUUUAUAUGAAACACGUCGGGAAAUCCUUACAGCCUGAAAAUAUGUCUGCUUCACAAGCAGUCCAUAGCUUGCUGAAUUUGUAGUUACAGAUAUCUAGAAAACAAGUUGCUGUUAUUAGCUAGUGUUAGCUGUUUAGCCAGAACUUGCAAAAGUCCAUCUUCAGUCUUCAUGUUGUGAUUUCAUAUCAGGGGAACAUCGAAUCUUCAGCAUCAUCACUGUUCUCGGGUUCCCCUCCUCCGUCAGAUGGCGUUCUGCCUGGCCGAGCUUCACUGUUGGUCCUCCAGCAGCUCACUACAAGUCAGAGAUACAGAUAUUGGCACCUAUCAGUACUAUGACAAAGGAGAGCCAGCCAUCCCAUCAGAGCACCACUACUACACUGACAAACAGUGUUUCUCUGAAUCUCGCGGCUACUCGUGGACCCCCAGGAACCGUCGUCCGGAGAAGCUCCGUGAUUCGCUCGAGAAGCUUGAGGAGCUGUUGCAGACCAACUCAGUUGUUCACUCCAGAUGGAAGAGCAAGCAUUGCUGUCAGCUCAUGCUGAGCAGUGGGGUACUGGUGACCCUGGCCCUAAAUGGACCCCAGCUGGACCGUGUGUGUGUGGACCGGACACUUGUGGGUCGUCUGCCCGCCAACACUGUCAGUGAUGCGGUGCUCAGUGAUAGGCUGCUGCUGCUGUCGUUCCUGGAGAAGAGCCAGGUGUGUGUAGUCUAUCUGAACAGGAAGAACCAGGGAUCACCUGACACCAGCCACCGACUGGAGAAACUCUCCCCAUCAGAACUCAAGGUGGCGUGUGUGGAGGUGCGUGGCCCCCCAGGGCGCAGGCAGGGCAGGCGUGUGGAUCUGAACUGUCUCCAGGACGUAGCAGUGUGUUGGUGGUCCCUGGCUAACACUAAUGAGGAACUGUGGCCCUGGAACCCGAGCCACACACACACUGAGAGGGACAACCUAGUGUUACUGAGCUGCUCCGGUGCCGAGGGCCUCAAGGUUAACACACACACACACACACACACACACACCUCGUAUGUAUUUACACAUUGCAGCUAAUGUCACCUUUUACUU